AACUCAUCCAUUCCUUCCAUUUAUGAAUUCCAAGAAAACCCUUUUUCUUCUUGUAUCUUCUUCAUCAUCUUAACUCGUUGAACUCUGUCAUGAGACCAAAAGUUUGAUGCUUGUGCUCCAAAAUCCUGUGGGAAAGGUCCAAGUAUAAGCUGCCGUUUCUGGAUAGCUCAUUUGCACAGCCCUUUCUGUGGAUUCCCAAGCUUCAAAAUCGCCUGCAAAGAUGAAACCCCAGUUACCAGAAUUUCAGAUGAUGAUUAUAUUAUCAGAGACAUUUCCUACAAAAACCAUUUUCUUUUUUUUUGACAAAUGCUACGGUUUACGAUGUGAACUCCCCAACUCCUCUUCAAAAUUUCAGCCUCCACCAAACCCUAAUCACAUACAGUUCAGAUACUUAUGGUUUGUUCUUCUUCCACGACUGUACUUCCCUUCCUCCCAAUUAUAGAUACUCAAUUAAUUAUACUUAUGGGAACCAUGAACUCUCUGUUAGACCCCGAUCAUUCAUACAUAUAAGAGGAGGGGUAAAAGGGGAAUUACUCCUAAGAUAGUGGGAGAAGGUUGUAACCGUCAAGGUAAUGGAAUUCCAGAGGGGGGACCACUGGGUUGAGCUUUACAACAGAAGGGAGGGAGGCCUUAGGAGGCAGGAAUCUUUUAGGGAAAGCUGCCAUAGCUGAAGCCCUCUCCAAUUGGGUGUAUUGCUGCGUUCUAUUCUUUAUCUUUAUUAUCAUUUCCAUUUCUUGUCCUUUUUUCUGGUGUAUUUUUUAUUUCACUGAGUCUGUGAAUAUCUUUUGAUAAUAAAAUAACUCUAGAACAGAGGUUGUUGCCCUGUUUCUUCUGGUUGCCAUUGUUGUUGGUGUUGGGUUUUACUGAUUGCAAGGAAAGGUACCUAACACUCUCUUACAAUUCUUGUCAAUCCCAUGCACUUUAGUAAUAAUGAGAAAAAGGAUUUUUCUGGGUUGUUCAGGAAGAGUAAUUCUGAUGUCUUGAAGAUAGGUUUCGGUCUAACUUUUUGUUGUUUUUCCGAAUUCUUUUUCGCCCCCUCUUCGUUGGAUUCAUUCUCUUCUGUGUUUGAACGCCUGACCUUAUUCUCGAUACUCCAACAUCCAGAAGCACAAAAACAACCAAUAUCCACCGAUCGAAGACUUCCAGAUUUGAAUAUCUUUUUUCCCUUGAACUAAGCAAUUGACUAAUUCAAGCAGGAAAGCAACGGUAGAUUCAAUUAAUAGUUAAAUCUUGACUUAGCUGUAGUGGGGUCUUCACUCAUCAGCGAGAGUGACUUCCAUCUCUGACUUCCCUGACCAAACAUAUUCAAAAUCAUAACUUAUAUUUUUCUGGGAAAUUCUUAAGAAGCAGAAAUUAUUCGUCGAAUCAAGCAAUCCUCUGUUCAUGUUCAUGAGCUCUCUUAACGGAAAUGAAAACUCCCGUCCCUCUAUUUCUCUUCUCAUUCUUCUUCAGAAUCGUGUGGUUUGAUCUUCAGCUCUGUUUCGGCGAUGACGCCCACGAGGAAUUCAAAGAUUGCAGUGUGUAUUACAACUGUGGAGAUUUGGUUAACAUCUCGUAUCCAUUCUGGGGGAAUGACCGGCAGGACUUUUGCGGUCGGCGAGAAUUUGGACUCAAUUGCAAAGAUAAUAAAACCACCACGAUUCAAAUCAAUUCUAUGGAAUAUAAUGUUGUGAAAAUCAGUCAAUCGGAUCAUAGACUGACGAUCGCAAGAUCAGAUCUGUUCGAUGAUUACUGCCCUAAUAAUCAAAUCAAAACGGCGACCUUGGAUCAUAGUCCGUUCAAGUAUUCUUCGAAUGAUCUGAAUCUGUCUGUGUGGUACGAUUGUCCACCUCUAGAAGGAUUCCUGGGGGAUUUCAGGUUCUCGUGCGGAUCGGAAGUGGAAAUAAUCGGGAGAGCGAAUUAUGCUUUGGAGACGAAGGAUGCGAUGUAUUGGAGAAAAAACAUGAGCGACUGUGAAUUGCACAUUGAAGUGACAAUUACGAUGGAGGUAUUGAAAGAAGGAGAAAUGAAUAGAACGAUAGUGGUGGAAAGGGGAAUAAAAGAAGGGUUUGAAGUGGAAUACGGGGAUUUCUAUACGGUAUCGUGCGAGGGGUGCAAGGAAUAUGGAGGCAAAUGCGGUGGAAAUGCGACUCAUGAGUUUUACUGUAUUUGUGGAAAUGGAGAUAUACAUCCUUAUGUUUGCAAACCUCCUUCCUCUGCUCCUCGCGGAAAAAGUAGAACACGGGAAAAGGCCAUCAUAGGUGCUUUGGGAGCCGUCAUUGUGUUAGGACUCUUUGUUAUCACCAUCUCCAUCUACUACACGAAAAAAAGCAUGUCAAACAAACAAAAAAUUGAGGAAAAUAUAAGGAGAUAUUCCACACAAAUACCCAAGCGAUAUAGUUACUCAAAGCUGAAAAAAAUCACUCACUCCUUCAAGAACAAACUUGGCCGAGGAGGAUUUAGCACGGUCUACAAAGGAAAGCUACCCGAUGGACGCGACGUGGCUGUGAAACUUUUAAAUGAGUCAAGAGAAAAUGGUCAAGAUUUUAUGAAUGAAGUCGUUAGCGUCACCAAAACAUCACAUGUAAAUAUAGUCUCACUCUUAGGUUUCUGCUACGAGAGGAAGUACAAAGCUUUGAUUUAUGAAUAUAUGCCUAGAGGGUCAUUAGAUAAGUAUAUAUCUCAUAAAGGGCUACAGAGAAACAAAGUUGAGUUAGAUUGGAACACACUCUAUAGGAUCGUUAUCGGAGUAGCACGAGGCUUAGAGUACUUGCAUCGUGGUUGCAACACAAGGAUUUUGCAUUUUGACAUCAAACCACACAAUAUUCUUUUGGACAAUGACUUUUGUCCCAAGAUCUCUGACUUUGGACUUGCCAAGCAAUGCAAGGCCAAACAAAGUCAUGUGUCAAUGACAUGCGUAAAAGGGACGAUAGGAUUCAUUGCACCUGAAGUAAUAUCAAGGAACUUUGGUAAGGUUUCUCACAAGUCUAAUGUUUAUAGUUAUGGAAUGUUGGUUCUUGAAAUUGUGGGGGCAAGAAAGAACCCCAAUGAUGGAGUGGAGCAGAGGAGUGAAGAGUAUUUUCCUGAUUGGAUAUAUAAGGAUAUUAUACAAAGUCAAAUAGUUGGAGGCUGUUGGUGGAGCAACACACAUGAAGAUGAAGAAAUGGCAAGAAAAAUGAUAAUUGUUGGGCUGCAUUGUAUUCAGACAUUGCCUAACGACAGGCCGUCCAUGACUGAUGUCGUUGCGAUGCUGGAAGGCAGUAUUGAUUGCUUACAGAUUCCACCAAAACCCAACUUGUUCGAACCUCCAGCCAUUGAGAAGCUCCAACAACCUUUUUCCUCUUCAUCUAACUGAAUCUGUAAUGAUAGUUUGAUAUUCUAGCAGAGAAGCAGAACAACGACAAUCAUAUUUACCCUUGAAGGAAGACUCAGAUUUCAUGUCCUUUACCCUUUUGAGUGAUACAAACUUAUAUAUCAUUUGAUGGCAAUCAGGAAAGUAUAAAGUGCAGGAAAAUUUCACUUAAAAUUUUGUUUUAAACUACACACUUGAUCAAUAUUCAACAGCCUAUGGUACUGUUUACAAUUAGGACUAGAAGACUUAGUUUUGGUUUACUUUUACAUCUACUCCUAGGAAAAUGAGAGGGAGCUGCAAGAACCUGAAUAGGAGAUGAUAAUCAUAAACAAAUCUACAAUUAAAAUUAAUUCGUUUGGAAUAUGACCGUCUGAAAAUUAACUAGUUAAAUCAUAGAAUGACCCGUCAAGAUUAUACCUCCUGUACAAUUUUUGUCGCGAAAAUAAAAUCAAAACAUUUCUAGAGAAAGAUUGCAAAACCUAGUGAGCUUUCAUGGCACACGAGGUUGAAGAUUGCCGUAGAGACAGCACGUGCUCUGGCUUUUCUUCAAUCCACCGUGACAUUAAAGGCACCAACAUUGUCCUUGACAACAACUUCGAUGUUAAAGUCACCGAUAUUGGACUAGCUUACCUUUUUCCUACACAAGCCACCCAUGUUUCAACUGCUCCACAAGGAACUCCUGGCGACGUCGAUGCGGAGUAUUACGAAUGUUAUCCAACUUACAAAUAAAACCGACGUCUUUAGUAUUGGUUGAGCUGAUAUCUUCAAAG